UAUUGGAUGUAAUAAAGAUUGAGAAACUGUUGUUUUAAUUGUUUGGUGGAUUGUCUCCAUGUGGUUUAGUUAGGAAUAAUCGUGCAUCAUACUUUAUAUUAAAAUAAAUGUUCUGAAAAUGUCCUUAUCUGUAACGAUAAAUGGGCCAGCUAAAAUUUCCAUUCACAUGAUAAAAUGAUUACUCUUACUUAACAAAAAGUAUUUGUACAGUACUUAUACUAAUGUUUAGGGUUUAUAUUAGUGUAAAUGGUCAUCGAAUGUCUAACACUUUGUCGGAAUCGAACUUAUAAAAAUGGCAUUGUACCUCUCAAAAUCUGCAAUUUUCUGACCCAAAUAAAAUUAUUAAACUAUAAACAUCACCAACACACUCUUUUUAGGUCGAACAAGCAUCAAUACACUUUGUAUAAAAAUCCGAAGCUCAAACAUUUAGGAUGAGAGUUUUAAAUGUAUAAGUCGUUUCCAAAUUUGAAUACAGUUUCUAUUUAAGUCUUUUUAUUUGCAGCAUGAACUGUAUAGAGGCAUAUGACCUUAGGCUAGUUAACCACAGAUUAGCACUCACUCGGCAAGAUGAAUUAAUUUUCGACUCUACAUGGAAUACACCAAGAGUAAUCUGAAAGCCUAACUAUUUCGUUUCAUUUAAACAUUCAUGGAUCAAUCCUCGUAUUAUGAAAACUUUGUUUAAGUUAGCUACAUUCGCAAGAUAAAAUAUAAAUGCAUUUAUCUUUACUGAUAUGCCCAAAUAUAACAUAUUUUAAAUGAUUAUAUCAUAAAACAUGCAUAAAACACUCAAGUCUGAUUAAGCCGAAGAAAAAUCACACAUUGAAAAUCUUAGAUGCAAUAUAUAAACACACACAUAAAACAAACUCAUGUGCUAAUCAACGAACCGUAACAUGGUAGCUUUAAGAGCCCGUGAACCCAGAGUUUGUAACUUGCAAGUAAUCAUAGCCCGUGAUUUGUUGAAUCUACUAUCAACAUUUAUAAUCUGACACUGUAGUAAUUUCUCCAUAGCAACUGGCUAACAGCUAAUAAGGUUCAGGAUUUUGAUUUAUAAUUUAUUUUCGUCAUGUUUCAAUUGGCUACAGAUGGAUUAUAUGAACAUAAACACAUUUCAUCAUCACACAAAUGGGCUGAAUAGUUGAUUAGUAAAGCCUAUCAUAUUAACAUGGGCUGAAGGAAAAAUAGGACAAAGUCUAUUUAAGGUUUAAACACAAUACAUUCUAGUGUUUUUUUUUACCAUGAUAUAAACCUCUUAGCUACUACAUUAAACAUCUUCAUUAAGGGAAUUAACUUAUUUUCUUAAAAGGCCUCUGCUAUCUAUGGGCUUACACAUACACUCUUAUGGGCCUAACUUCUUCUGCGAAACAGCAGCCACGAAAGCGUGUUGUUAUUAUAUAAAAGGAGAAGAAAAGUCUAUAAACCAAUCAUACGACGACGCUCUCUGACUCUCCCGCGUUGCCAAACAAGGCUUUUUGGCCCAUGUAGGGUCUUUCCUUUUCUUUUUUUUUCCCAUUGGCUAUAAAUAGAGCUUCUAUGCGUUGAGAGGCGACACUAUUUUUUUGUUUCCAUCGGAGAGCUUCCGAAGAGAUUCGAGAUCUCGCGGCUCCUUCUCUCUUCUCCGAUCAACCGAUACCGUUGAUAUGAUCUUGGCGCGUUAUUAGAAAGCCCCCGAUUAUCUCACUGUAACCCCCACUCGGUAGUCUCUCGUGAUCGAUCUAGGGUUUCGGCUGAUCUUCGCGAGAUCUGAGAUUUGAUUUCGUCCCUAAUCGAAAGAGAUGUCUCGGUGUUUCCCGUUCCCGCCACCUGGCUAUGUACUGAACGGAAGCGAGGCUCUGAUCGAAUCGAUCAAGAGGGCUGAGGAGAAAGCUAAGAAAGAACUAAGGAAGAAGGAGAAAAAAAGAGAAAAGAAGGAUAAAAAGAGGGAAAGAGGGGAAGGUGAAAGCGAGAAACACUCUCGUAAGAGAAGGCGCAAAGAAGAAGGUGAUAAAGAUGGCAAGAACAACAAGAAAGUUCCCAAACUAAAAGAAAGUGAGAAUGGCUGUUUGGAGAAGAGCGUUGUUACUGUAGAACGUGAGUUGCUUCAGUCCACGUCUCAGAACUCUUGUGAUAGCACUCUUAACAGCAAUGAGCUACCUAAACAACAGAAGGAGAAGAAGCAGCCGCAUAACAACAACAACGACUCUGAAAGCAUCAUCCGGAUUCGCUUGCCUAUCCGAAGGCAGAAUGGUGAUCCUGAGGUGAUAAAGUUAGAUACCGUGAUGGCUGUUUCUAGAGAGCAGCCGCAGCAACAUCCUUGUUCCACUUCAAAGGCACAUGAAGAGAAAAUAAAAGACCAAAUUGUCAGAACGAAAGUAGGCAAAGAGAGGAAAUUGUCAUCCACUACUUCAAGCGGCUUAUGCAGGUUGUGCCCUCCAUCAAUGGCGGUGCAAUUCUUGAAUGUAAUUGAGAACUGGGUCCCUAACAGAGUAGAGCUAACUAACUCUGAGGAUGAUGAAUGUUGGUGGUUCGUGAAGAAGCCAAGUUGCCACAAGUUUGACGCAACAGAAAGAUGCAAACAACUUAACAGAAAUAAUGAGAUGAAGCAAGCCAUAAGCAGUUCAAUGGCGUGGCCAUGUGCUCGCCUUUUACCAGAAGCUGAUGUCCACGCCUUACCUUACACCGUCCCUUUCUGAUAAGAGCAGGAAAAACAAGAAUUUUUAACAAGGAACCUGGUCGAGAUAAUCCAUGUGCUGGAGUCGGACCAAACAUUUUUUUGAUUUGGCCUUAAAAAGGUUGAAAAAGAACACUGUUUGUUAUAGUUUGCGGUUGCUUAAUAUAGUAAGAUUAGUACCAGGGCCCAAUCUUUUUUGCUGAAACUAUUUUCAAGAUUGGAUUACAUUUGCAUCA